AUGGAUUAGAAGGAUUUCAAGAUUGAUACAUUAAGUGAAUUUUUCACAAAGAAAUUUUAAGUGACUCUUACAUAAAGAGAACCUAUCAAUCAUGAUUCUUAUAUGUUCAGAUUUGAUUUCAAAAAUCCAAAAGAGAGAUUAGGAAUGCAAGCUGUUUAGCAUAUCAAAAUCUAGUAAUUUCACACAUAUUAAUAUUGAGUGGUCUUAAUAUGAAGGGUGAGAUAGUUGACAGAGCAUACACACAUAUAUUUGAAGAUGAUGGAUACUUUUUGAUCCCUAUUAAGAUUUAUAGGCCAAAUGUACAUCCUCAAUUUCCAAAUGGAGGAGAAUUAACUCCAUGGUUAGAGAAGUUAGAUGUAAUCUUAUGAGAUUAAAUAAUAGUUGCAUUCAGAAUUGACAAUUAAAAGGUGUGUAGGAAAACUGUUUUAUCAUAAUAAUCAAUUUAUUGUUAGGCCUAAACUUAAUAAGACAUGGUAAUAAUUCGAAACUGUAUUACUUAUAUGUGGAGGAAGUGGUAUCACUCCAGCAUAUUAAUUAAUCAAAACUAUAUGUGAUAAUCCUAAUGAUAACACUAAAAUGGUACUUUUGUAUGCAAAUAAAACUGAAUAAGAUAUAUGGCUAUUAAAAGAAUUAAAUGAAUUAUAAACUAAACAUAAAGAUCAAUUUACAGUUCAUUUCACUUUAGACAAAGUAUUUAUAUACAAUAAUCUUAAAGUCUGAUGAAAAUUGGAAAGGUCUAAAAGGGUUUGUGACUUUAGAAAUGAUAACAUCAAUAUUUCCAAAACUAACUGAAACAACAUUAGGUGUAUUAUGUGGACCUAAACCUAUGAACAAAUUAGUCAUAUCACUUUAUGAAUAAAUAGGAUUAAAGAAAGAUAAUAUAGUAAAAUUUUGA